GGUUGGCUCUGCAAUACAAAGUGCCAUUUGACGGGAGAAUGUCAGAAAAUACGGGCAAAGCUCCUCCCGCACCCUCGCCACGGCCACGUACCGUGGCGGAGAUUAGAGAAAAGUUGCUGUUAAAUCGGAAGGCUACCGAUGAGAAAAUAAAGUUGGCAAGGAACCAUAGGGAUGCAUUGAAGGCUCCAGUCAAAGCUCCAAGGAGUGCAUCCGAAAGCCUGUCACUAGGAAACUCCCCCUUAGCUCUGGGCUCUGAACGAGCUGGGUCAUUUUCUAAUAACUACUCUAGUCCGGCGAUGUUUGGUUCGCCAAAUUUAGGCGCUGAAGAAUACCUUCUUGGAUUACCAUUAGGCACCGAUUCUUCUCCAAAUGGAGUCGUCGCUCAGAGAGCUGCCUAUAUUAGCGCAAUUACUGCGAAAUCUGAAGUGAUUGACAAAUUCCUAAAUCACCCGUUUCCCGCACCUGAGGAACUUGCUGGAGAGAUGGAUAAGUUGGCUGCUGAGUGCCGUUUGAUUGCUGUUCACCCCAGCCUCUCUUGCGCGGAGACAAAUCUGAGGGAUGUGGAUUUCGAGAGGGAAUCUAAAAAUUAUAUAAUGACGAGCCCAAAGUUUUUGUUUCUGAAAAAGCUCUUUGACUCUAUAUCAGAGUUGUCUCUCAAGAUUGAAAUUGUGGCCAGCCCUGGUGGGACGAUUGAUAUGCUUGAGAUAUUCUUUCGAGGUAUCAAAGUUCACUGUACACGUCGCGACAAACUUAGUCAACUUCCCCGCCUUUCAGCUAGUGAACAGAGAGGCUUUAGUAAGGUAGCUCUGCUCCCAUCAAGUAAGAGUGGAGCUGUGCCGGUGAACGCAGAUUUGGUCAUCGCUAUGGAUUCAACUUUUGUUGCGGAUGUUCCGGAGAUAGUUAAUGCUCGCAAGAGCUUGUUUGUAGUCGGAAAGCUAGCCCCAGUUCUCCGCCUUGUUUCACUUAAUACACUGGAGCAUAUCGAGCUAUGUUAUAAAGAUUCCGAACCCCAGUAUCCAGCAUUGUAUACAUAUAUCGAGACAACGAAGAACCUCCUACAUGAUACAGGAGCACUAGUAGAUUCCUACAAACCGACGUUCGCUGCCGCAGUACCCAAUAUUGCUGAGUGGCUCUCGAGGAACCCAAUUGCAGGAGCCCCAAAGCUAGAAGGGUUCCCGUUGCUGCCAAUUUUCGAACGUUUAGCUCAAGUCCAAAGUCCAGAAUUACACGAUAAGCGCAAACGAGAGGGUGAAUCCGCUGAGAAACAGUCCUCAGGACAGACACCACCAGCAUCAACAAUACAGACUAAACGCUUGAGAAUAGCCGGCCCCAUUAAUUCCCCUACCCCUUCCUCGUCGUGCCAACAAAUGGGCACUGCCACUCCUGCCAAAGAUCCGACGCCGAUCCAAUCCACUCCUCCGACAGAACUGGGGGCGCAUUUACCUGGUUCAGCAAUGCAAGUUGAUGGAGAUGAUGUUGGAACAACCGACACCGCGGACUAUGGGCCUCCUAAAUCGUGGGUGUAUAUCACAGAGGAGGUGGUUGAUAAAAUGGCACCGGCAGAUUUGAAGAAGACAUUGACCGCGGGAAAGCAGGCUUUGCAAGAAUGGAAAAACUUUGCACUCCUCACACAAGAUACCGUCAAGAAGCAGAGAGAGAGUUUUAUGAUUCUCCAAGCUGAGAAGGACGGUUUAGUGAAGACGUUGUCGAAGGCCGAGGCAAGAGAAAAGCGCCUGGACUCCGAGGUUUCGAGACUGCGAGAGGAUUUGAAGCAAGCAAAUUUGGACAUCCAACAGGCCAAGGCAGAUUUGUCCUCAGCUGCUGAUCCCCUCCCAAUCAUAGGCCAGUUGCGCGAUGAGAAGGAGCAAUUGCGAAAGAAGUUGGAGUCGAUGGAUAGGAGAGAAAAGGUCAAAGAGACAGAGUUCGAGUUCCUUCGCGAGCAAUACCAGAACGCAACCUCGAGUGGAGUAGAGCUCAGGAAGGACCUGGACCAGAUGAAGGCCGAAAAUGUCCUCCUCGAAAGGAGAGCAGCAGCGACUGUCCUGGAACUUCACAAGGCACACGUGUCUAGCCAAUUGGACAAUUACAAGAGCCAGGUCGCCAACUUGCAGUCCAAACUUCUUGAGAGAGAAGCCCGACUCGCCCGAAUGGAGGAGCGCGUGAGCGGAGUCCCUGUCACCAGAGGACGUGCACUUCCUGUGGAUAGAGCAGCAACUACUACUCCAGCGGGUUCUCGUCACCCCGAACCCGUCUCUCAAAACCCAACUCGAACUGAUAGAUCCACCAACCCACUUCCCUAG